GGGACUCCCGGCCACACCCAGGCCCCGCCCCCCGCAGUAAGAGCCUGCCGGGUUCAGCUGACGCCGCAUUUCACGUGACGCUGGGGCCGGGUGGACAUGGCGGCGGCUACCGGACCUUCAUUUUGGCUGGGAAAUGAAACCCUGAAGGUGCCGCUGGCGCUCUUUGUCCUGAACAGGCGGCGCCUGUGUGAGCGUCUGCGAAGGAACCCAGCCGUGCAGGCCCACGCCAUCGUGCUGCUGCAGGGCGGUGAGGAGACGCAGCGCUACUGCACUGACACCGGGGUCCUCUUCCGCCAGGAGUCCUUUUUUCAUUGGGCAUUUGGUGUCACCGAACCAGGCUGCUAUGGUGUGAUCGACAUUGACACUGGGAAGUCAACCCUGUUUGUGCCUCGGCUUCCUGCCAGCCAUGCCACCUGGAUGGGAAAGAUCCACUCCAAGGAGCACUUCAAGGAGAAGUAUGCUGUGGACGACGUCCAGUAUGCAGACGAGAUCGCCAGUAUCCUGACAUCACAGAGCCCCUCUGUUCUCCUCACCUUGCGUGGCGUCAACACCGACAGCGGCAGUAUCUGCAGGGAGGCCUCCUUCGAGGGCAUCAGCAAGUUCAAUGUCAACAACACCAUUCUUCAUCCAGAGAUCGUGGAGUGCCGGGUCUUUAAGACGGACAUGGAGCUGGAGGUUUUGCGAUACACCAAUAGAAUCUCCAGCGAGGCCCACCGGGAGGUAAUGAAGGCUGUAAAAGUGGGAAUGAAAGAAUAUGAGAUGGAAAGCCUCUUCGAGCACUACUGCUACUCGCGGGGUGGUAUGCGCCACAGCUCCUACACCUGCAUCUGUGGCAGUGGUGAGAACUCAGCUGUGCUGCACUACGGGCACGCCGGGGCCCCCAACGACCGGACCAUCCAGGAUGGAGACAUGUGCCUGUUCGACAUGGGCGGGGAGUAUUACUGCUUCUCUUCUGACAUCACGUGCUCCUUUCCUGCCAAUGGCAAGUUCACCGAAGACCAGAAGGCCAUCUACCAGGCAGUGCUGCGGAGCUGCCGCGCCGUCAUGAGUGCCAUGAAGCCAGGUGUCUGGUGGCCUGACAUGCACCGCCUGGCUGACCGCAUCCACCUGGAGGAACUGGCCCGCAUCGGUAUCCUGAGCAGCAACAUCGAUGCCAUGGUCCAGGCCCACCUGGGAGCCGUAUUCAUGCCUCACGGGCUUGGCCACUUCCUGGGAAUUGAUGUGCAUGACGUGGGAGGCUACCCUGAGGGUGUGGAGCGCAUCGACGAGCCUGGCCUACGGAGCCUGCGUACCACUCGACAUCUGGAGCCAGGCAUGGUGCUCACCGUGGAGCCGGGCAUUUAUUUCAUUGACCACCUCCUGGAUGAGGCCCUGGAUGACCCGGCCCGCGCCUGCUUCUUUAACCGUGAAGUCCUACAGCGCUUUCGUGGUUUUGGUGGGGUCCGGAUCGAGGAGGAUGUUGUGGUGACUGACACUGGCAUGGAGCUGCUGACCUGUGUGCCCCGCACAGUGGAGGAAAUUGAAGCAUGUAUGGCAGGCUGCGACAAGGCUUUUACUCCUUUCUCCGGCCCACAGUAGGGCCAGCUAGGAGUGCCCAGUGGAACUGGGGACCCAACCUUGCAACCUCUUUUCAGGAAGGGCAGCCUGAUUGGCCCUCCUGCUCUGAGCAGUGGUGCUUGGAAAUCACAUGCCAGCAUCAACUUUUGACCACACCAGGUAGUGCUGUUUCCUAGGGGGAGAAACUUUGUUACCAACUUUCUGCACGAUCACACCCUGAAUAUGCUCCUACCUUGCUUAAAUGACUUUUAAAAUGCUAACUGAAAUAGUUCUGUUCUUCAGUAGCAACUAAAAUGUGUCUUGCUCUCAUUUUGUAUUCUGCUCAGGAAAGAUCUAUUUCCAGUGUUUUCUCACAAAAAUCAAUAUGCAGAAUGGAAUUUGCAAUAAAAAGUUUCCUAAAUGGU